UGUAACUGUCAGUUUUAUUUCUCCGAAGUGGUUUUACGUUCUUUGCGUGUUUUAUAAUAUCGUAUUAACUUUGUAAUAAAUUAUUAUUUCGUUGUAUUUAUUUUGAUAAGUAAUUUAAUUUGUAAUCAGUUUUUUGCUAACAAUGGAAACAAAUCAUUUCUCGCCUGAAUGUGAUCAUAUCGUACCCAAAUAUGUGAAAGUGGAAAUUAACGAUGAUUUAGCAAAAGAGCUAGCGUUAGAGGAUAACCCAGUAUAUCCUCUAUACGAGAAAAGGUUAAGUGAUUAUGAACGCAUGAAAAAUAACUCGUUGCAACGGAAUGAACUACUGCAAUGCCGGUGGAAAUGUUUCGUCAAAAAUAUUGAUAAGAGAAAGAAACAACCUUUUAUAUUUCCAAAUCUAAGGGAUUUUCACUUCGUAAAUUGUCAUUUGCAAUACAAGCCAAAUGAAACAAUUAGUAAUCGAUUAUCAUAUCGAUUUCAAAUGAACGAGGGUCCAGGAGUGGACACUUAUGGCCAGAUUCCCAUUCCACAUGAUACCUCUUCGACUUCUUCGAGUAAAACUAAACGUGAAAAAAAAAUUGCACACUUGCCUACUACAAAAAAGUAAAAGUUGUGUCC